AUUUAGAAUUCGUUAGUCAAAGCACUGAAAACUGGGAAGAGAAUAUGGAUCUGAGAGAGAAAGUCUAGGGCUUAAAAUUGACGGUUAUUGUUAGUAUGUAUGCCAUGGAUCGGAUCGUGAACUCGCUUGAAUCGGGAAUCAGCUGCUGCAAUGGCGAACCAACACAGCGAUCGAUCGAUGAAGAAACAAAGGUGACGAUUCAGAACAAGGAUGAGGAAGAGAGAUUUAGCUAUCCUUAUGUUAUGUGCUUUUGUUAUCUUCUUCUCUUUACAGAAUGAAGGCGAUUUUUCAUUCAGAGAGUCAUGGUUCCAUCUAUCUGAGGAGUAUCCGAUCAAAUAUGAAGGCGAACGUCUCCCACCUCCCAUUGUUGCUGAUCUGAAUGGAGAUGGGAAAACAGAGGUUCUCGUCGCUACACACGAUGCCAAAAUUCAGGUUCUGGAUCCCCAUGUUAGGCGUGUGGACGAAGGAUUCAGUGAAGCUCGUGUUCUGGCAGAUAUAUCGUUGUUGCCGGAUAAGAUUCGUGUGGCAUCUGGAAGACGUGCUGUGGCCAUGGAGGCUGGAGUUAUAGAUCGGAAUUAUAAACGAGGAGAUUCGCAGAAGCAGGUUCUUGUAGUUGUCACUUCAGGUUGGUCUGUAAUGUGCUUUGAUCAUAACCUUAAAAAGCUUUGGGAGUCAAAUCUACAGGAGGAUUUCCCACAUAAUGCACAUCAUAGUGAGAUAUCCAUUCUUAUUAGCAAUUACACAUUGAAACAUGGAGAUUCAGGAUUGGUAAUUAUUGGUGGAAGGAUGGAAAUGCAACCCCAUGUUCAUAUGGAUCCUUUUGAGGAAAUUUUAAUCGAAGAGAAGAAUGCUGAACAGCAUAGAAGAAGUGCGGGCAAAGAGGAACCUCAAGAAAAUGCUGGAACUAUGGAUGUUCGCCAUUUUGCAUUUUAUGCAUUUGCUGGCCUGACUGGUGUGCUUCGUUGGAGCAGACAGAAUGUGAAUAUUGAAGCACACACUUUGGAUGCAUCACAGUUGAUUCCACAGCACAACUACAAGCUCGAUGUUCACUCAUUGAACUCUCGUCAUCCUGGUGAGUUGGAAUGUCGGGAAUUCAGAGAAUCAAUUCUUGCAGUUAUGCCACAUCGCUGGGAUAGGCGAGAAGAUACAAUGUUAAAGCUUGCACAAUUUAGAAAGCACAAAAGGAAGAAAUUGAAGAGAAUAAAUGGGAAAACUACAAUCAAAAGUCCUUUUCAUAAGCCUGAGGACAUGGAUACUCCAGGCAAAAACACAGCAGGAAGAGUUUCAAACUUGAUUGGAAAAGCCACUAUGUAUGCUGGAUCUGCAAAAUCUAAAAAGGCAUUGCCUUAUGUUCCUACCAUAACAAAUCAAACUCGACUUUGGUGGGUCCCCAAUGUUAUCGUUGCUCAUCAGAAGGAAGGGAUAGAAGUUAUCCAUUUAGCAUCUGGGCGUACUGUAUGUAAGCUUCAUCUGAACGAAGGUGGGCUCCAUGCAGACAUUAAUGGAGAUGGAGUCCUCGAUCAUGUCCAGGCUAUUGGAGGAGGAAAUGGUAUUGAGCAGAGAGUUGUAAGUGGGUCGAUGGAAAUGCUGCGACCCUGUUGGGCGGUUGCAACUUCUGGGGUGCCUGUAAGAGUGCAACUUUUCAAUGUUUCAAUAUGUCACCAUUCCCAUUUGAAGGUUUUCCAGAAUGGAGACAUUUGGAGAAGCUUUGUUCAAAGUCGUGAUCAGAUGACUUCUUCUUUAGAUGUUGCUACACCCAUUAUAAUCCGAAAACAACGUAAGAAGAGAGGCAGAAGCAGCGGUUAUGUCGUGUUCUUAACCAACAGAGGGGAGGUGACUUCAUACUCUCCAGGUGAGCACGAUGAUGCAGUUUGGCAAUGGCAGAUUCAAACAGGAGCAACAUGGUCAAACCUUCCUUCUCCGUCGGGGAUGAUGGAAGUUGGAAAGGUGGUCCCAACGCUAAAGGCGUUGUCACUGCGGGUGAAGAAGGAUUUGGAAGAUGAUGAUGAAGAAGUGACGAUGAUACUGGCGGCAGGUGAGCAGGAGGCGGUGGUGAUAUCGCCUGGAGGGAUGAUAGUGGCGUCUGUAGGUCUUCCUUCUCCGCCUUCACAUAGGGUGAUAACGGUAGAUUUCUCGAAUGAUGGACUGAUUGAUCUUAUAUUGGUGAGCUCUAAUGGUGUUUAUGGAUAUGUUCAGAGGAGACAUGGUGGUGCUCUUUUCUUUAGUACAAUGGUGGGUUGUUUGAUUAUAGUGAUGGGGGUCAUAUUCGUUUCACAGCAUCUCAAUUCCAUCAACGCCAAACCUAGAUCAGGAUCAGGUUCAAGUUCACGAUGAACAUAUAUAUAUAUAUAUACAUGAACCACCACACUCUUUUUCUU